UACCCAGCGGGGCAGGCUGGGAAAGGCAAGUCGUAAAUCCGGGUAAUGGAGGCUGACUGUUUUACUUCGUCUCCUCUCUCGGGUGCCAGCCGGCUUUGGAGGCUCAGCAACUUGAUCAUGGCCGUCUUCUUCGGGCUGGCUGGAGCCGUUCAGAUCAAUGACCCUGAUCCUGGACUUUGGAUAGUUGUGUACUCUGUGCCAGCAAGUCUUGCACUGGUAGUAAGCCUUAAUCCAUCAGUCACAGAUAACAUUCUGUGGAGAAGUAUAUCAGAUCUACAUUCAGCUGCUUGUGUCGUGGGUUCUGCUGUGUUGGGAUAUGCCUUGGUUACUACUGCUCAAAAUAACAUCUUGCACGAGGAAGAAGGCAGGGAGUUAUUUGGUCUGGUGAUUGUUACUGCCUGGAUGAGCCUUUGUCGUAAUUCAGCCAAAAAUUCCCUGGGUGGAUUUCAUUUGGUCGUUGCAAUUUUCCUCUGUCUUUCUCCUUUUGUAAUGUGGUUAUACAUCUAUGUGAAUACAGAAAUGCGAGCAUCAUGGCCAUCUCACUGUAAAACUGUUAUUUAAAAUAAUGGAAAGCAUAAAGUGUUUUCAUUACUUCAGAGGUUAUUUCUCUACUGAUGCCAAAUGAACAGGAACCACAAUUAAGGCUAAUUACUUCCCAUGAAGACCAGUUUCUCUAAAGUACUUCUGAAGACUGACAAUCCAGAAAACUGAACUCUGGAUUAUGACCUUUGUUUUCAACUGCUUUAAGGCCAGUUGUUUCAUGAUUUCCAUUUUAUUUGUGUGCUCUUGAUACAUGCAAGGGGUUGGGCUGAAUAAAUCAAAGUGCCUCUGAGCCUCAUGUUGAAGCCACAGGACUGUAGCCAGACAUUACUGGAAGAACUAUAUGUUUUAUGUAAUUAUGAAAUGUAAAUAAAUAUAUUAAUAAUUUGAUAAA